AUGGCCGAUUCGGUAACUGACGCCACUGCCAAGCUGCAGCUUAACGACGCGCCGGCCGAGACGCCCACCGGCGAAAAUGGCGUCAAGCUGCAGUUCGACGAGGAGACGGGCGAGUGGGUAUCCAAGGGCGAGCUGAAGAAGCGGUUGGCGAAGCGGGCGAAGAAGGCCGCAAAGGAAAAGAAUAAGGAUAACAAGGCCAACAGCACUGCUGUGCCCGAGGGUGCUGCUGUCCCUAAGAAGCCUAAAGAGAAGUCAGAGGAGUCACCCAUCGACCCUGAUGCCAUGUUCAAGCAGGGCUUCCUGCUCGAGGUGUACAAUGAGCGACCUGAGAAGAACGUGUUCACACGGUUCCCUCCAGAGCCUAAUGGCUAUCUCCAUAUCGGCCAUGCUAAGGCUAUCGCUGUGAACUUUGGGUUUGCGAGGUAUCAUGGGGGUAAAUGCUACCUGCGUUUCGAUGACACAAACCCGGAGGCCGAGGAGGAGAUCUACUUCACUGCCAUCGAGGAGAUGGUCCGCUGGCUGGGCUUUGAGCCUUACAAGAUCACUUAUUCAAGCGACCAUUUCGACACGCUUUAUCAGCUUGCUGAGAAGCUCAUCACUCUCGAAAAGGCCUAUGUUUGCCACUGCAACGAUGAGGAGAUUAAGCGCCAGCGUGGUGGCGAGAAGGGCACACUUCCCCGUUACAGGUGUGCUCAUGCCGAGCAAUCUGUGGAGGAGAACCUUCAGAAGUUCCGGGAUAUGCGUGAUGGAAAGUACAAGCCAAAAGAAGCCUUCCUCCGCAUGAAACAGGAUAUUACCGAUGGCAAUCCCCAGAUGUGGGAUCUUGCCGCGUACCGCAUUCUGGACAAGCCUCAUCACAGGACUGGCUCAAAAUGGAGGAUAUAUCCCACCUAUGACUUUACGCACUGUCUCUGCGAUAGUUUCGAAGGCAUCACGCACUCGCUUUGCACCACUGAGUUCUUCUUAAGCAGAACAUCAUAUGAGUGGCUAAACAAGCAGCUAGUCGAGUUUCAGCCAAUGCAGAGGGAGUACGGCCGUCUCAGCAUUUCAGGGACUGUCCUAUCCAAGCGCAAGCUGAAGGAGCUGGUAGACAAGAAGAUCGUUCGCGGCUGGGACGACCCGCGCCUGUACACACUGAUUGCUGUUCGCCGGAGGGGUGUUCCUCCGGGUGCCAUCCUUGAGUUCGUUAACGAGCUUGGUGUCACCACCACCAACAGCAUCAUCCAAAUCUCCCGUUUCGAGCAAACCGUCCGGAAGUACCUUGAGCGGACGGUUCCCCGCCUUAUGCUCGUCCUGGACCCCGUGCGCGUUGUCAUCGAAGAUGCGGAUGAGUUUGACGGCACGGAGCUUACGGUGCCUUUCUCGCCUAAGAACCCAGCCAUGGGCGAGCACAAGAUCAAGUUCACUAAGACUGUCUAUAUUGACCGGUCCGAUUUCCGGGAGGUAGACAGCAAGGACUACUUCCGUCUUGCGCCCGGCAAGACGGUCGGUCUGCUGCAGGCUCCAUUCCCCAUCAAGGCCACCAGCUACGCCAAGGACGAGGCUACUGGCAAGGUGACCGAGAUCCGCGCCGUCUUUGACCGUGAGACCAAGAAGCCCAAGACGUUCAUCCAGUGGGUCCCCGCUGGUGAGGGCGCUGGUUCUCAUAAGUGUGAAGUUCGCGUCUACAACUCGCUCUUCAAAUCGGAGAACCCGGCGGCUGCAGAAGGUGGUUGGCUCAACGACAUCAACCCGGAGAGUGAAAUUGUAUAUCCCAACGCCGUAAUCGAGUCUGGCUUUGACGAGGUCAAGGCGCGUGCUCCUUGGCCUGAGGCUGCGGGUGAGGACAAGCAGCACAGGGGUGGUAAUGAGACUGUCCGGUUCCAGGCCAUGCGUGUUGGCUACUUUGCUCUUGACUCGGACAGCACCGACAACAAGAUCGUUCUCAACCGCAUUGUGUCACUCAAGGAGGAUAAGGAUAAGAGCUGA